AUAAUAAAAUUGUAUAGGGAUUAAAACUUAUGUUUACUAAAAUGAUAUCUAAUUCAAUUGUCUUUAUAUUCGAGAGCUUUACGAAUUGCACUACCAAAUGUUAGAAAUCAUGCGCAUACAGUCAUCUUUUACAAUGAAAUCGAUAAAAAAAUUAUCUACAAUGUAUUUUCGUGUUAAAUAUUGAGAGGAAGGAACUUUAAGGACAAUCUUAUAAUGAGUUUUCAGAAAAGAUUCCCAGUUUUGCAAAUCAUAAUAUAAUAUAUUUGAAUAAUUUACUGAAGUCGACGAGUAAAGUUCCUGAGACCUUGAUGUAAAUACGGGCAGGACAUGGCCAGAUGGACUCGGUAGACGGAAAUAAGUUAUCCAACGAAUCUGGACAACGAAUCCCCUCAUCGUAAUCCUUUAUUAAAAAUGAAACAAUAAAAUUAAUAUUUUAUUUAACAUAAAAAUGAACUAAAAUGCAUUCAGUGGGCAUUCAUUCCGCAAUGGCGAUCAAAAGGCAACGGAAACGUCGAGAUGAACAAAAAAGGGCGCGAGAAAGACGUUAUAGCACGCAAAGUUCUGAAAGCGGGGAAACAUUUCAUUCUCCAACAGGAUCCGUGAGGCGAAAAUAUCACCAUCCUCGUCAUGCAGUUAGUUCUGGCCCGGGAAUGCUUGACAGCCAGGUAGUUACUAGUAUUGGCAUGUUGCAUAUAGGUAUUGUAUUCGUUGUGUUUGGAGUUUUUCUUUGCGGCGCUGGUAUUAUUCCAGACGAAACUAUGUCAUGGAAGUUAUUUAGCUCAAGCUCAGCCUGGUGGAAUGAAGUAACUUGCACAGGAUUAUUUUCUCUUGGAUUGGGACUGUUUUUACUAGUUUUAAACUGUCUUAUAAGUCGAAAAGAGGAGGAGGAUCUUGAAGACUAUGUGCAACGUCAACUAACUCGAUCUCGCUCUGGACACCGACUUGAAAGAGAUGUUGAAACUGGUGUUUUGACAACGCGCCAUGCACGCAAAGCUGUUGCCUUACAAAAGGGCGGACGUAAUAACUCUCCUACAGAUGUUUCCGUCGUAAAUUGCGGCUCUUCAGAGAAUAUGUGCAAUGGACCGAUAGUCGUCCAUAAUGUUUUAAACAGUUCUGAUGCUAUCCUUGAAAAAAUUGUGGAGGAGGAUAAUACUUAUUUAAACGAACGCAGCUCCGGAAUAUCUCCGAUUGAUUUAGAAAAUGAUAAGAAACAGCUCUUAAGAAGAGAAUCUCUAAGUGACGCAAUCAGUAUAACGCGUAUUUAAGAAACUUAAUUUUUUACUCCUUACAAACACUACAUGAACAGAUAGAAAUAAUUUUUUUUAUAUCCAAUGGUUUUAUAAUACAAUAAUCAUAUAUCCUCUUUGUCACUUACGAUUGAAUACAUUUAAUAACACUAACACUGCAUAAUCAUUAUAACAUAAAACCCAAAUGUGUGUUUUAGUUAAAACAAGAGAGAAUGCUAGAGAGAAUCAGAUGGUAAAAAUGAGAACGCGAAAUUUCAUAAAUUUGCUGGGAUAUCGAUAGAUAUUGGGGAAUGAAAUGAGAAAAAAUUUAAAAAUUGUUCAAAAGUGUGGGCGUGACCGGUUUGACGGCUUUAAGGCGUUAGGGCGUGGCAAAAACGUUUGGCAAAUCGAUAAAAAUUUACACGACUAAUAAAAUUAUUAAAAAAUAUCCAAAAAUUUAUAAAAAAUUUGGGCGUGGCAGUUUUGGGCGGAUUUAUGGCUCUAAGAUGGGCGUGUUUACAAAUCGAUAGAAAUUCACAAGACUAAUAAAAAUGUGGAAAAAUAUCACCACAUUUUUCAAAAGUGGGGGCGUGGCAGCAUGGGUCAAUAAACUUGCGCUGAGUCUUUGUCUCUAGAAUCUUUAUGAUUAAUCUGAACCUUCUAAAAUUAAUAGUUCCUGAGAUCUCGACGUUCAUACGGACAGACGGAUAUGGCUAGAUCGACUCGGCUAUUGGU